GAUUCUCAGAUCUUCAUCCAUCAAUCAGUAGCUCCCGCUUUCUACGGAGAAGUUAACCAAUAGGUCCAAUUGCGGUAACAAUGUCGACAGCGGCGGCGGAGAAGAAGUUGAUCACUCUGAAGAGCGGCGACGGCGAGUCCUUCGAGGUGGAGGAAGCGGUGGCGAUGCAGUCGCAGACGAUCAAGCACAUGAUCGAGGACGGAUGCGCGGGCGACGGCAUCCCGAUCCCCAACGUCACCGGCGGGAUUCUGGCCAAGGUGAUAGAGUUCUGCAACAAGCACCACCAGCACCCUUGUCAAUCCGACGACGCCGAAUCGAUGAAGAUAUGGGACGCGAAUUUCGCCAAGGUGGGCCAGGACACCCUGUACGAUCUGCUUCUUGCGGCGAAUUACUUGAACGUCAAGGAUCUGCUGGAUUUGAUCUGUCAAACUGUGGCCGACCUGAUCAAGGGGAAGACGCCGGAGGAGAUACGGAGGUACUUCAAUAUCGAGAACGAUUUCACCAAGGAGGAGGAAGAAGCGAUUCGGAGGGAGAACCAGUGGGCGUUUGAGUGAUGUUUCAGUAGUGAAUCAGCUUUGUGUUUGAAUUU